AUGCCGACACUCAACCAGAUCCAAUGCUCGAUCGAGCUUGGAACCGACAACAUCAAGCUCAAGGAGUACGGGACGAAGUACACGGAUAGCGCCGUUGAGACCUUCGUUCCAGUACCGAACUCGAAGAUUGCAUUCUCUGUUCAUGUGGAGCAGCAAAAGUACCUCGCCCCCGGCCUCGCCGCUUUUGUCUUCGUUGAUGGCGUCUACUAUGCAAACCGCAACAAGAUGGGAUUGAAGGUGCCAGGCGAUGGGGUGCUGAAGUCCGAGACUGUCGCUGAGUUUCGCUUCCGCCAGAAAGAAGAGAAGGAUCAUGAUGGGCAAUUCAUUGGCCGCGAGUGGCACUUUGCUGACUUGAAGAUUGCCAAGGCUGACAAGGCCGCGCACGUCAAUGCUCAAUACUACAAGAACGUUGGCACAAUCGAAGUCGUGAUUCUGCGCGCCUCCGCCCUCAAAGACCAGGCUCCGCCACCAAAAUCAAAUGUAGCCUCCGAACCCCAACGCAAGCAGCCGACGAAGUCCGUUGCUGCAGUACCCGCCCAGAAAUCUGCUCCUGCCAGCGCUGGUGGCAGCUUUUUUGGCGGAAUGGCUGGUCUGUUCGACGGUGCUGGUGACGAACGUGACUGCCUCGACGAGCCGAAGCUUCUCUCAUUCUAUGAUGCUAGUGCUGAUGGUCAGAGCGACCAUCCUGAGCCUCAAGCCAUCUACAGCCUUGAUGGCGCCCGUGACGAGCCGCCUCCACGCUCUGUUCACAGUCGCCGCACCAAAACUCAGCCACCACCGGGACAGAUUUAUGACCCUGUGGUAGGCAAGUUCAUAUCUCUACAAGAAGCAAUGAAGCAGGGCGAUAUCCCCCACGAACAUCAAUUACUUCGGAUCAGGCUGGCUAUGGAGUACCUGAAUGCAGAAAACGCCAAAGGAAACGUCAUACCAGGGCUUCAGGAACUUCUAACUUCAGCCCAGGCGACAAUGCCUCUACAAGCCACCAUCCCAAAGGAGCCAGUAGAUGUAUGGGAGAGUGCUGAGCCCACCGCGAAACCCCCACCUGGCUAUCUUCUCGACCCUGUCUCGGGCAAGUAUAUCAGUAUACCAGCAGCCCUGCGAAAGGGUGUCGUACCUCUCGAACAGGAGGUUGCGAGGUCGAACGCGGUGGUCAAGCAUCUUGAUGAGCUGCAAGCUGCAGGGAUAUUGAUCCCCGAUGACAUGAUGCCCGCGCUACUUGCUGCGAGCAAAUCCAAGCCGAGUCCAGGAGGCGCGAACCCUGCCGGGAAUGGACACGAGGGUAAAGCAGCAGCAGAGGACGCUCAGAUCGAUGGCGCAGAUCAACGUCCAAACAUCAACAACGUCUACACCACGAAGAGCGCUGCAGCUCCUCAGGCGAACCAUCCGUCUGGUCUGCCUCGUCUCCACUCACUUCCCGAGGCGUUCAUCAUCGAAGGUCCGGAUGGCGCACCUCUCACAAUGCAACCAUACCAAGUUCUACCUACAUUGGUAAGCACGAAGGAACACAUCGCCGAACUCAAGCAGCGUUACUUUGACAUCAAGGACCGCAAGAUACUGCGUGACUUGACACAUGUACAAGCAUUGGCCGAGAUGCAACAGCUGUACGAGCAGGCCGUGGUCGCUCGCGCUGUUUUUGACCGAGUUCAACCGAUCUGGUUCCAGGUUCAGGAGUAUAUGGCUGCUCAUGGUAUCACUAAAUUACCAAGACCAGGCUUCCGCCAAGUCGGAGAAGGUGUUGUUGGUGGGGGACAAGGCCGCGGUCCACUUGUCAGGGGUGCAGUGAAGGACUACGCUCCGCAACUCAAUGCUAUCCCCGAGAAAGGCCACUACGCCAAUCAAGCUAUGCCAGGUGCUUGGCGGAGUCCUGAUACCCCAGCAGCCAAUGGAUGGAACAAGGUCGACGGCAAUAAUGUACAGCAGGCGCAGAACGGUGGUUGGGCCGACGCAAAUAACUCCAAGCCAGCGUCUCAGCAUAGUCGGAGGGCCACAACAAACGCCUGGGUAAACCAGAAUAGUGGUAGUAACGGCGGAAACGAUGCUGCCAGUGGCUGGGGUCGAUCUGACGGAAAGAAGAAAAGUCAGAGUGCUGGUGGCUGGGACAACAAUGGCAAUGAUAGGAAAGAGAAGUCCAGCAUCGCUUGGGGUGCUGCCGACGACAAGCAUCACUCGUUCAAGCCUCGCAAAUCCCCGAAGGCAAAGGGCCAAAUCUCGCAAUCUGAUGGCCUCACCGCCAGCUCACCUCCGUCCGGUCAGCCCAAGCCAUACUGGAUGUCAUGGCAGCAAGCACCACCAGCGCUGGACUCUUCGAGCUCAGCCGCUGUAGUGAAGCGCCCGACUGGCAGAUCGCCAUAUCAGUAUGCUGAAGUCAAAAUGCCUGCUGUGCUGGAGAACAAGGUCAGCAAGGACGUCAAGUAUGGCGUGCAGGCGGGCAAAGGCGUCAAGUACUCUCAUGAGACCGCACGGCCAGUUUACAUCGAUACCAUGGACAGCCCAUUUGCAGUCUUCAGCUUCAAGUAUCGCAGUAUUGACGUGCUCAUGAAGCUCGUCAAAGAUGAUGUCGCUGCCGACAUGAAGAAGCUGAGAGCGAAAUUCGAGGAGGCGGACCUGCGCAGUUUACCAAGAGACGAGCUGAUUGCAAGGAUGAUGAAAUUGAAGACGAGCGGUGGCAGCAAGCCCGACAAUGGCCCAGCUCGUGGAAGUAGCGAGUCCAAAGCUGCUUCAGUGCGCAACUCUGAGAAGCCACUUCAUCGCAGUGACGGCUGGAGCGAGGCCAGCAAAGGCAGAUCUACGAGAGGCGAUGGGUGGAAAGAGCAAACAAGCAACAAAUCUGCGCAAGAUGCGCGGGUGAACUCUCAGCGCAGCGCAUCGAAUAGGGGUGGCAAUGGUGGCUGGGCACAGAGUCAGCAAGGUGGUAAAUCGAGGGCUGCGAGCGCUCAGGGCUGGAACAACGCUCCGCAGAACAACAACAACAAUCAAGGCGGUUGGGAUGCGACUCCAGCUAAUGUUGUGGGCUGGGAUGGCCACAACGAGCAACCUGCAGAUGCUGUCAAGCCACAGACCAACAACAUGCAGAAUGCUCGGGAUGCGACGACUCCACAAGGCUCGAAUCUUGUCCAAAUGCCAAAUGGUGCCUGGCUCACCCAAGAGCAGGCGCUCAAGCAUCUAGACGAGAUGGAGGAGGAGAGUCGGAUGAUGGCGGCUGAGAAGCGGAAGACGACUGGAGGGAGCAAGAAAGAAGACGAUCGCAAGAGCGUGGGUGCUUCGUUGGUCAGUCAUGCUUUCAAGGGCAACGAGGCAUUCGUUACGGGUGAUGGGCAGGUUGGUAUCGCUGGCGCCCGUAGUGACCAGAACCUCGUGAAGAUGAAAUUGGCGCCGACGAUGGGGUCGCAUGAGGCGACUGCUAGGAGCUUGAUGGGGCAGGAGGCUUAUGAUCUGGUCAAGGCUCAGCACGGUCGUGCUUAUGCCAUGGCUCAGGCGGGCAAAGGUAAUGGUGAAGAUCUUCCUGCUGCUAAGGGACCGUAUAAGUUUGAGGCUGAGAGUGAUGCCAUGGCGAAGUAUCGGGAGGGUGGGAAGGUGCCGAGUGGGCCUGCUGGGUGGUAG